AUGGCGUCGAAUGGGGAAUACGAGAGCCGUCGCGGCAAAGCCACGAGAGAGGGUCUUCGUGAAGAGAUUCUUGGCGUUGCCGUGAAGAAUGCCAGGAUGCGGUUCUUCAUCCCCAGCACGGACAAUAGUUUUGGUGGCAUCAAAUACACCUUCGUCAUGAUCGACAGCGGCUGUGAUAGCAUGCUCCUACCUUUUCCGAGCAACGCAGAUGAUCUGCGCGUUUUCGAAGAAGAUAUUUUCACUUGGCAAAUCUUCUGCUCUGGAGGCACCCCAACGCUAGUCAUCAGUCGCAUCGACGGACUAUCUUUGGGAAGUGUUGUUUUGGCUGGUCGGCAAGUCAUUGAACUCCCGUUUCUGCGAUUUCACCUUGGAAGCGUGUCUGCUCAGGCGAUGGUCGCCCACGAGAGACUUGACGAAGACGAGAGCGCAAAACUUGACUCUUUCCUGCUGCAACUAGGGCCAAAUCACAUCUUACCGGAACGUCAACAUGUUUUGAUCGGCCAAACUGUUCUCUCCAAGACAUAUUCCUUGCAGGCGGGGAAAAUGUUGUUUAUUAUGAGAAAGGGUUACCUGCCAGUUCGGGACGAUCUGGUUGCGGCUUGGAACGUCGUGAAGAAUCUGGAGAAACCAGUUGGAUUCGAUGAUUUGGUCGACGACGACCAUGACGGGGAUUGGGUUACUAGCUUCGACGAUGAGGAUUGCACGGAGAGUUGUUUUAUGGAUGAAAACUAA